AUGGCAGAUUACAAGUGGGAAGUGGGCACUAUUUUUACUGACAGGGAAGAGUUUAAGGAUGCUAUUAGAAGGUAUUCUGUUCAUGCUGGGAGGGAUCUAAAAUUUAUCAAAAAUGAUAACCGUAGGGUGAGGGUGACAUGCAUGGGUGGCCAAGGUAAUUGCCCAUGGCUAGCUUAUUGUGGUUAUUUGCCGUCACGAAAAAUUUGGCAAUUGAGGAAGAUAAUUGAUACUCAUAGUUGUAGUAGACAACUUAAUAUUAAACUGAUGAAUGCUAAGUGGGUAUGUCAGGAAAUAGAUAGAUCUUUAGUUGAGAAUCCUAGUUUAAAGGUGAGUGAUAUUCGUACUAAAGCAUUAAGAAAAUGGAAUACAAAUGUUUCAAUAUCCAAGGCAAGAAGGGCAAAGUUAAUUGCCACAAGAAUGGUUGAAGGAGAUUUCAUAGAACAAUAUAAAAGGGUGUACGACUAUGGAAAUGAGCUAUUGAGGUGUAAUCCAGGCUCAACAGUGCAAAUUAAAGUUGACUCUCAUAAUGGUGACCCAAUCUUUCAAAGAAUGUAUGUUUGUCUCAAAGCUUGUAAAGAUAGUUUCAUAAGUUGUAGGCCCAUUAUAUGUUUAGACGGAUGUUUUUUGAAAGGUGUUUACAAAGGGGAGCUGCUGACUGCUGUUGGUAGGGAUCCAAACGACCAAAUGCUACCCCUUGCCUAUGCAGUAGUAGAAGUGGAGAACAAAGACAGCUGCACAUGGUUUUUGCAAUUGUUAAUUGAAGACCUCGGGGGCAGUGAAGUAUGUGGAGGGUGCACAUGGAUGUCAGACCAGCAGAAGGGGUUAGUCUUAGCUAUCCAAGAGCUUUUGCCUCGGGCAGAACAAAGAUACUGUUUAAGUCACCUCUAUGCAAACUUUAGGAAAAGGUUUGGUGGGCAGGUAUUAAAAAAUCUCAUGCGGAGUGCUGCAACCACCACAUAUCCCCAGGCUUGGGAGAGAGAAAUGCUGAAAGUUAAAGAAGUCAAUGUUGAAGCAUAUAAAUACCACAUAGCCAUUCCCCCAAGGUUUUGGUCAAGGUCUCGCUGA